CUCUCUCUCUCUCUCUCUCUCUCUCUCUCUCUCUCUCUUAUUUUCGUUAUCUAGUUUUCUUCUCUCUCUCUCUCUCUCUCUCCCCCCCGACGCUUUCAAUUUCGCUGCAACUCAACGAAAGCGAACCUUCGCCGCCGUCGAACACCAUUAUAUUCGGCUUUCAUUUAUUUUAUUAUUAUUAUUUUUUUAUGAAUUUAUUUUCUCUAUUUUUUAAUAUAAAAUCUUGGACAUAAAAUUUGCGAAAACUCUGCGAACGAGACGGUUGGAAUCGUUUUUUUUUUUUUUUGAACCUCCAAAAAAAAAACGUUUUAUUACUCAAACGCGAAAUAUGGAGAGUGGAUGUGUCUUACCCUAUAAUGAAACUAUUCUGGAGGCUCGUAGAUGAAGCAGUUUCCGUCACGCGCCGCUUCAGGUAAACAGAUUUUGAAAGCAGUAGGAAAUUACAAAUCAGACCAUCUCAGCCACUGAGAUUACAAGUUUCAGGCAAUGGGACUCCAAAGAUCAUCUUCUUCCACCAAUAAACAAAAAAAUAUAAAGGUGUAUUCCAUCACAAAUGUAGCAGAGAAGGAAGACAAAGAUGGUGAUUGCUUAUUCACAUCAAUAACUUCAAAUCUCUAUGAUCAGACCUCUGAUUCUACUUAUACUUCAUGGCGGGUGGAACAUCCUUCUGCAUUGGGCUCAUUUGAUCGGAUGAUGAAAGCAGCAAAAGGGAAGAGGAUUGUGGUGUUUCUGGAUUACGAUGGGACCCUCUCACCCAUUGUGGACGAUCCUGAUCGUGCUUUCAUGUCCGAUGAGAUGCGCGGUGCAGUACGUGAAGUAGCAAAAUAUUUCCCCACAGCAAUUGUCAGUGGAAGGGGUAGGGACAAGGUGAAAGAAUUUGUAAAAUUGAGUAAUGUGUAUUAUGCGGGGAGUCAUGGGAUGGACAUCAUGGCCCCUGCAAGACCACUCGUGAAGUCUAGUGAUGGCAAGUACCAAACCAAAUCCCUUGAUAAAAAGGGCAGUGAAGUUAUAUUCCAACCUGCUAAAAUGUUUCUGCCUACCAUUAAAGAGAUACUCAAAGAACUCGAGGAAAAAACCCGGAAAAUCCCAGGUGCAAAAGUAGAAGAUAAUAGAUUUUGCAUUUCAGUACAUUACAGGAAGGUCCGGGAAGAGGAUUAUGGGAUAUUGGAAGAGAAGGUGAUGUCUGUGGUUGAAAAGUAUCCAGAAUUUCACCUAACUGAGGGUAAAAAGGUUAUGGAAAUUCGACCCUCAAUACAAUGGAAUAAAGGUCAUGCCCUGGAAUAUUUACUUGAGACUCUCGGCGUCAGCAACUCCAGCGAAGUCCUUCCUUUGUACAUCGGGGAUGAUCGAACCGAUGAAGAUGCAUUCAAGGUAAUACGAUGUAGAGGAGAAGGGUUUCCAAUAAUAGUAUCUUCUAUAGCAAAGGGGACAGAAGCUUCAUACUCUUUGCAUGAUCCAUCAGAAGUAUUAAGUUUUUUGUUACGUCUGGCAAGAUGGAGGAAAGCCUCUUCCUCAAGCAGGUCAUUUUAUAAUAUGCUCAAAUGAAAAUUUGGGUUUUAAUUUUGUAUACAAAAGAAUUAGGAGGAAAAAAAAAAAAAAAAACAAAUUAAGUUUUUUUUUUUUUUUUGUUUUUUUAAUUUGCUCGGGUCUUGGAGUAUUUUAUAUUUAGUGUCAAAUAUUCCUGUAGAAAGCUGUAAGAAAACUUCCAAGGCAUGCAUGGUUUUAGCUUUUUUUAUGAAACAACCAUGCGAUUUGGAGUCAAUAUUACUAGCUAGCUUGUUAUUGGCAAUAUAUACAAACAGAACAUCUAUCCAUGAUAUAUUUGUAUAUUAAUUACAUUUACCUUCUUUUAUUUUUAUUUUUUCCCCCC